AAAGACCCACCGAAGACUUCCACGACGUGGGUACAUUUCCCUAUGCUUCGGGAAGAGACCACUUGCAUGCAGCCCUUCGUGACUGUAAAAUGGGUUUUUAGAACGUCCAUUGGAAAUACAUCAAUGGAAUACCUAUAUUCCAAAACUCUAGUUAAAAGGUCGAUCAACAUGGUCGAGGAGGAUCUUCACCGUCAUCAUCAUCCUCAUCCUCAGGUUCAUCCUCGGAAUUCCAAGUGGUCAUCCUCGAAUUCGGGUCUGUGAUCGCCCAAUCCUGGCGUCAACAACGAUCUUCAGACUCGAUUACUCGAACUGAUUGGCAAGUCAUGAGUGCUUCACCCACUUCGGAUUGGUUCUGCUGGUUUGUGGAAGGCGUUCUCAUCUUGAUAAUUGGCCUCUUCGGCCUCUUGGGCAGCGGGUUCUCUUUCGUGUUAUUCUCGAGGCAAAAGGUUCACCGUACUUUCCACAAUCUCCUUCUGACACUCACCACGUUUGACCUGAUUUAUGUCGUCUGUUCAAUACUGUUGUUCUCCAUCUCCAAGUUCAAUGAGACAUAUGACCAAGUCUACAGGGUGUAUAUGUUACCUUACUUGCUCCCCCUGGCCCACGUGGGUCUCAUGGGAAGUGUUUAUUGCACUUUGGCCAUGACUGUUGAACGAUUCAUCACGGUGUGUCAUCCAUUUUGGCGGAGAAGGAAAAAUUUCUCGAGCGGGAUCUUCAUUUUCCCGGUUCUUCUAUUCACCGCUGCCUACAAUAUUCCGAAAUUCUUUGAACUUUAUGUGGAAGAAGAGAUAAUUUGCUUCAAUGACGAACGUUUCGACAAUGCAACAGCUCCUUAUACUGAUCCACUCGAUUGUGAAGAUCCUCUCAAUUACACGAUUCAACUGCACAUCCUUCCGACUGAUUUGCGCACGAAUUCAACUUAUAUUCGGGUAUAUAUCCUGUGGAUGAACUUGCUCAUUCAAAUUAUUAUUCCAUUCAUCCUCCUGAUUGUGCUCAACAUCAAGAUAUUUGACAAGAUCAAAGAGUUUGAACAAAACCUGGUCCAGAUUCGCAUCACAUACAAGAGCAAAAAAUAUGGUCGCAAUGAAGGCCACCAGGCUGAGGCCUCACAAAACUUUGCCUAUCCCCGAAUGUCUUGUAGUGGCCGAGCCCUCCGUGUCCAUGGUCGUCAUGGAUCAUCGUCUGGAACUGGAGAUAUGGCUCAAGGCCAAGAUGAUAUUUGCAGCACUGCUAUUUCAGGAGAGUCCAAAGAAUCGAGUGGCGGUGGCCGAUCCCCAAUGCGAGGCUCCAGAAAAAUGUCGAUUUUCUACUCAGCGAAGAUGGAGAAGGUCAAGGCCAAGGUUCUGAAGCACACAGGACCUGCCAAAGAGACGGUGGGAGACAGAAAGCGAGAGGUGAUCUUGGCCAAGAUCUCGUUGUACAUUGUGUUUGUGUUUCUGGUGUGUCAUGGAGCGAGGUUGUUUCCAAACACGUUCGAAGUGGUCCAAACUUACAUGGAGGAUUACCACCCGGAUACACUGGCAUGGCCCUCUUGGAUCUCGCGAGUGACCAACAUCAGUCAUUUUUUGUUGGCUUUUGCCUGCUCUGCCAAUUUCUACAUUUAUUACGCAAAGCACGGUUUUGCCUUGAAGCAGUUUUGUCUUAGCUGGAGACCAAAGAGACAAAGCAACUCAAUGAACUUGAUACAAAGCAAAACCACUCAAUACUAAAUGGAGAUUACUUAGUGAUGUUACGUGAACUUAGUGUCAGUGGUGAAAUUAUACCUGAAAAUAUGAGUGAAAAAUGCCAAUCCCGAAUUGUGAACAAUAUCAAUUUUAUUCUUGUGCCCUACCACCUAAUGUCACUUUGCUGUUGACGAGACUACACACCGCUCGUGAAAACUUAGCAAAAAUAUAGCACAUUUUUUAGCAUGCUGUUAAGACAUUAUUUCUGGCUGUGGUUCUAAUGCUUAAAUCCGAUGCAAAACCUAUUUCUGUGUAUAAUAUAACAUAACUCUCUUUUUCGUUGGAGGAUCCAAUCAAUCCCUCUAGCCACAAAAGCAUGCUAUUCAAUGGUCUUUCCUUCAAGGACAUUCGAAAUAUAAGCAAACAUAUCAAAUUUACACAACCAUCCAUUCGAUUCACAAUCAAGCAAGACAAGCAUUAUGAAUAGAGACGGCCAAAAUAUGGCGUUAUCCAUUUUAUGAAUAAAACAACUUUUAUUCUCAUGCAUUGCAUAUUUCGUGUUUUUAUGCAUAAUUUGGAUUUUUCGUUAAAGCAAAUAUGGGUUUGAUGAUUAAUGGCCUUUAAUAAGCCUCCGUCAAAGCACGCCCCUGUCCCGCCUCAUCUGGACGCAAGCUUAUCAUGACACGAAUUAUCCAGUCGCAUCCCGGUUCCACUACGCCUUGCUUUUACACCCUUAUAUCUCAACACGCCGCCAUUUAGACACGCCCCUGACCCGCCUCGGUACCAGCUUGAUC